CUCUCUCUCUCUCUCUCCAAUUCCAAAGUUGUUGCUUGAAGAUACAGAAAACCAAACAGAUAUAUAAGCAUGAGAGUUAAAGGAGGAGGGGAAGAGGAGGUGGAAGCUGAUACACUCUUCAAGUGUCCAACAACCAUUAGGUAACCCAUCUCCAGUUUCUUUUGACAUUUCCUUCGAUUUGCACAUCUCUUUCUCUCUCUUAAAAGCACUUCAAACACCGAAAGUCUCAAUUACCCAAAUCGCGAAAGUCGAAUAAGAUCAGAACCCAUUUCUUGUCUUGAAGAGAGACAAACCACAUACCAGCUUUGAAAAGAUGAGAUUUGCGAUCAUUCCAGUUCUCUUCUUUCUUGUUUUCUUCUCCUAUGGCGAUGCGUAUGAUCCCUUGGAUCCAACCGGAAACAUAACGAUCAAAUGGGAUAUCAUGUCCUGGACCCCUGAUGGAUAUGUGGCAGUAGUCACAAUGAACAAUUUCCAGAUGCAUCGACAUGUCAUGACCCCUGGUUGGACCCUAGGUUGGACCUGGGCUAAGAAAGAAGUGAUAUGGUCCAUGGUAGGAGCUCAAACCACUGAACAAGGUGACUGCUCCAAAUUCAAAGGCAACAUCCCACAUUGUUGCAAGAAGAGUCCUACUGUUGUGGACUUACUCCCUGGGGUACCCUACAACCAGCAAUUCCAGAACUGCUGCAAAGGUGGGGUGUUGGCAUCUUGGGGCCAAGAUCCUACAGCCUCUGUCUCAGCCUUCCAGGUCAGCGUUGGGGUAGCCGGUACUUCGAACAAGACCGUGAAACUUCCGAAGAAUUUCACUUUGUUAGGUCCAGGACCGGGGUAUACUUGUGGACCAGCAAAGGUCGUGCCUCCUACAAAUUUUCUCACUGCUGAUCGCCGGAGGAAGACUCAGGCUCUGAUGACAUGGAACGUAACCUGCACUUAUUCACAGUUUAUUGCCCGGAAACACCCUAGCUGUUGUGUCUCAUUCUCAUCCUUUUACAACGACACAAUCACUUCUUGUCCUUCUUGUGCAUGUGGUUGUGAAAACAAAAACAAAUGCAUCAAGAGCGAUUCCAAACUUCUUAGUGUGGUCGGAGUGAACACACCAAGAGAAGAUAAUUCACCGCUCCUACAGUGCACUCAUCACAUGUGCCCUGUUCGGGUUCACUGGCACGUAAAGCUCAACUAUAAGGAGUACUGGCGGGCGAAGGUCACAAUAACAAACUUCAACUACCGGAUGAACUACACCCUCUGGACCCUAGUUGUUCAGCAUCCUAAUCUGAACAACGUGACUGAAGUUUUCAGCUUUGAUUACAAACCUCUCAUUCCCUACGGGUCCAUCAAUGACACGGGAAUGUUCUAUGGCAUGAAGUUCUACAACGACAUACUAAUGGAAGCUGGCCCAUUCGGAAAUCUUCAGUCAGAGGUGCUACUUCAGAAGGACCAGAACACUUUCUCCCUCAAGCAAGGAUGGGCAUUUCCUCGGAAAGUGUACUUUAAUGGCGAUGAAUGCAUGCUUCCCCCUCCCGAUACAUACCCAUUCCUACCAAACUCUGCCCGUCAAAACAUUUUUAGGUUCUCGACAGUGAUCUACUCUAUCAUUAUCUUGUUGAUUGGAUUCUGGUGAGUGUUCUCCUAAAGUCCAACAAGCAGAGUUUUGAAGCAAAGGGAAUGAUAUCGCUAAGAUAACAGGAACCACAGGUACACCAAUUCAAAUUUUCUUUACAGAACAUGAGGAGCUCAAGCCAUUCAGAUAUAGAUUGAUAUGAUGACUUCAUGGAUAGAAACACUAUAUAUGAUCUCCAUGUAAUGAGAGAAAGCACAAUGUUAAUCACUUUGUACUGUUACAAGCAAAUGCACUUUCACCCAAAUGAAGUCUUUUCAAUUGCAUA